GUGACGGAGGUAUUAGCUGGCGCUGUCCCUGAAAUCAAAGAUGGCUGCGCCCACGAACAUGCUGUACUGUGGACGUGCUGGACUCAGGGUGCUUGCCGCCGGACUGAUCAGACACCCCCGGUGGCUGGGGCUAUCUCCAUUUCGGCCCUAUGUGACAAACACUCCGAGGAACAACAUCAAGUUCAAGCUGGACGAGCGGACGGCCCACAGCAGCCUGGAUCUCUUCAAGAAGGACACGGGGGUGAUCUACCGGGUCCUGGGCUUGGAUCCCACCUUGGUGCCGGACAACCCCGAGCGUUUCCGAGAGUGGGCGGUGGUGCUGGGGGCCUGUUCUGUCACUGGGGGGCGCCAUUACUGGGAGGUGACCGUCCGCAAAUCCCAGGAGUUCCGGAUCGGGGUGGCUGACCUGGGGAUGUCCCGGGACGAGUGCAUCGGCACCAACAGCAGCUCCUGGGUCUUCGGCUAUGUCCAGCGGAAGUGGUACGCCAUGACCACCAACGAGAUGGUGCCCGUCGGCCUGGUGGGCAAGCCGGACCGGGUGGGCCUGCUUCUGGACUACGAGGGGGGCCGGCUGGAGCUGGUGGACACGGAGAAGCCCAGGAUCGUGCACUCCAUGAGGGCCGUAUUCAAGACCCCCCUGUGCCCAGCCUUCGCCCUGUGGGACGGGGAGCUGCUGACGCACUCUGAGCUGGAGGUGCCCGGCGAGCUACCCAUAGCGAUGAGUUAGAGCCGGGGCCUGACACCGAGGCUGGGGGCGGCUGAGGGGGCAAUUUGAAUGAGAGACCGACACACGGGUCUCACUGUGACCCGCGAUAACAUGCAAAUCAUGGCGCUCUGAUACUACAUACAGUAUUAAUGUGUGGAAAGACAAUUAGACUCAUAUUUAAAGGGCAUUUAAGUGAUAGUGUGAGGCCGGCCAUGUUUUCCAGAUCAUUUCAAUCAUAAUAUGUUAUGCAAGGUGAUCUCUUAAAUGACUGCAUGGCUGUCAUUCCUCUCUGCGUUAAACAUGACUGCCGGGCUCCUCACUGGGCAUGUCAGUGCUUGUAUUUAGUGACUCCGUGUUGCCAUAAUGGGCUCUGACAGUUUCUGCUCAUGACUGCACACACGGGGUUCAGUUUCUUCGGUUAGUGGAGGAGAAGACGCAGGCCUGCAGCUGCUGCAGCUACUUAUUGCCCAGGUGCAGUCUGGCUUGCUUUUGCCCCUCUUCAAGCCUGAAAUAAAAGCUGUGAUCGCAAGGUGUUUUUUUUUCCCAUUUUUAAAAAUGCGACUUGGAAUAAUCUGACUUAGACUGUGUGAGAAACAUCAGUGUUCUAGGGUGUGUUUGUACACUAGGGCCCUCAUCAAUAGUUGUGCUUUGCCCUGAUUCUUAUCUUUGGUAGAAAUAGUUGGGCUUCUAGUUUAUUGCUUUUCUCUAUAUUAGUGCAGUGCUAACUUCACCUGAUUUGAUUGCAGAAGCUGGUAGGAUAGGAAAGAAUUAUGAAGUGCAUAGAAUACAUGCAAAUCAUGCGCAUAGUUUGACAAAGCAAUGGAAAAAGGCAAAUGUAGAGCUCGUUAUUAUUUAAAUGACAGCUUUCAGUGAAGGUCCAGCUUAUUCAAUCAGCAUUAUGCUAAAACCAGACAGUUCGAUACAUUGUGAAGUCUCUCAUCAGGACUGACCAUGCUAAUCUGAGAUCAUGGCUGUGACUACCCCCACUCUCACAUGGCAAUAACAAACAUAUGGUUUAUUACACUAAAUGUAUAUGCUUUUCAGAUGAGUAAGAUAAAAUGGUUAUCACACUACGAUGAAUUACAACAGAAUGGCUAUGUAGCUGGAUGGUAAUUGAGAUUUUUUUGUACUCCUGUUUUGACAUUGAUAUUAAACCCACUUUCAACUGUGUAAA